AUGCGCUACUCACUCGGAACGCUUCUCCUCGCCCUUAGCCAGGGCAUCUAUGCCGACUGCGGCUGGCGUCUUAACGGCAACGACUGCAUCUGCAUGAACAGCGCCAACGGAAACGCAUGGGCCCAGUGGACAGGCUAUUGUUGUCAGGCCAUGGGCAGAAGGACGGGCGGCUAUGUGAGUGAAGCUAUUCCAGCCACAUGUGGGCCCCGUGUGCACCGUGACCAAGGACUUGAGGCAAACCUUCAAGGACUGUUGCAAGUAUCAAAACAUUGAGUCACUGAUUGGGCAUUGUAGAUAG